GUGCCCACAUUAAUCACCUGCAGCGCGCAGGUGCCCGGGGAUACCUUACCGGUCGGGUUACCUGAGCCGCGCGCGUCCCCAUGGUGACGGCGGCCACGCGCGGCGCCUUUUGUUUGACUCCAACACUACUGUACAAAUACCCACACCUUGCAGUGUCACACAGGUCCGUCGUGAUUCAGGGCAUUUCCUGUCAAGAAGGGCUAAAAAUUCCCUGAUUUAGAGGGGUGCUUUAUCGACACUUUAGUGCAAUCAGCAAGGUCUCUACACGACAGCGGGGAGAGACAAUAAAUCUGCGGGAACUAUGGAGACGGCACAGAGAUUACAAAGUUCAAGCCUGGACUCCUUCUAUCAGAACCCAUUCGGAAAACCGUUUGGCUUUCACUCCAAGACGGAGUUCGACGCCAAAAACGCACUUGUGCUCACAAGAAGUGACACGUUCUUGUUGCUAAAACCGCCCAAACAGGAGGACAUAUGGAGGAGGAAACCGCCAAGUUUCUGCGUCGAUGCCUACGAUCCGAAGCCCCCCACACGAAACAGUCGGGAAGCGAUGCAGCCGUGGAAGUACGGUACCUUUCCCGGCGACUGGAAACGUCAGAAAGAACAGAUGCAGAAACAGAGUCAAGAACUGGUCCUACCAAACAUUUUAAAACCUAAGAAACCCCAGAGUCCCCUGUUUCAGACGAGAUUUAAGAUCCAUGAUCCCUUAGAGGCGAAAAAAGAUUCCGUGAGAAGACUGGUGUUCAAACAAGAUCAAUUUGAGAAUCCAACUCCUCAUGACUUUAGACAGUAUCCACCCCUAAAGAAACUCGGUCUUCCGGAGUUUGAAACUAAGUAUGAAAAGGACCCGGGUAACCUCAACUUCAAGUCGAAACGGCUCAACCAGAUUUUAGGUCUGGCCCACUCUGACGUGGGUCGUGACGUAGACGCGGGCCGACAGAUGUACCGGCCGAAGAUUGCCGAGCCGAAGUGGGACGCGAAACUCAUCCAUCCCAAGGAGGAGUGGCCGAACCGGUACCAUGCAUACACGCGCUUCCGGAAACCGAACCGCCGUGUGCACAGCGCCUUCAUGGAGCGUGUAGAGGACCAGCUGACGCAGCAGUGGUCACGGGAGAGGGAACAGCCACACACCUUCACGGGCAGAAGGGCGCGGACAACGUCAGUCAGCCUGCGGGGACAGACCGGGCGAGGGAGUAGCACAGAACGGACUGUUGUCACCCGGGCAUGAAUAAUGAUGUGGUCAAUAUGCAAAUAUAUUAUAUAUAAGAGAGAAUACAUGACAUUAUAGAUUGUUGUUAACAGAGUUAAUUAUAUUUUCACGUGUGUAAAGUCUUUUCUAUUCAUUGGAGUUGCUGCAAAGUUAGCCAAUUAUUAUAUUCUGCUACUACUUAUUAUAUAAGAUGUAAGACAAUUUUGCAAUUAAUGAACGUCAAAAUAUACCACACUGCUCAUGAUAUUGCAUUUUAAUAUGUGCUUUUACUUGUGCCUUUUUGUGCAAUUGUGCCAAAAUGAUGCUUUUUCCAAUAAAGCUAUUUAUUGUGCGAUUC